GGCUGCCCCGUGCCCGGCCCGCCCCGUGGGGAGGCGGGAGGCUGUCGGGGUGCGGGGAAGCGGAAGGGUGUCGGGGUUCGGGAUUUCGAGCUGUCGGGCCGGCCCCGCUCCCGCAGCCAUGGCGUGGCCGCCGCGCCGCUGCUGAGGGAGCCGCCAUGGCCGCGGCGCUGCGGGCCGCGCUCUGCAGCGGGCUCCUGCUCUGCGUUUCUGGAAUGAUCCCAAAGCCCCGAAACGCAAGGAUCACUUCAGUCAAUCUUCACAGCACCUUGCAGUGGGAUGCACCAAGGUUCCCUGAAGGGAACAUCACCUACACUGUCCGAUCCAAGAGCAUCAACAUCCCCGGGGACAGCUACGACACGCUGGGGACGCGGCUGAGGCUGCCCGAGUGCGACGUGUCCUCUCUGUCCGUGUACGGUCACUACAUCCUGCAGCUGCGAGCCGAGGCGGGACGGCUGCGCUCCCCCUGGCUCACCCUCCGCUUCAAACCCAUGGAUGACACCAUCGUUGGUCCCCCUGAGGUGAGGCUGAAGUCGGAGUCCGGGGAUCUCCACGUGGAUUUCUCGGGGCCCUUUGCAGGGCACGGGCAGGACAGGUGGCCCCUGAGGCACUACUAUGGCUCCUGGAAUUACAGGAUCUUCUACUGGAAGAAAGGCAGCACAGACACAGACCCGGCCUCUGCUUCCAGGGUUGCUCAGGUGGACACCAAACACAACUCUGAGAUCCUCUCCCAGCUGGAGCCAUGGACAGUUUAUUGUGUCCAAGUGCAGGCGGUGAUUCCUGAGUGGAACAAGACAGGGGAGCUGAGCAGGGAGCUCUGUGAGCAGACAACCCACAAUGGUGUAACCCCUGUGUGGGUAACUGUGACUGUCCUGGUGGGAUCAAUGCUUGUUGUGGCCACAGCUGUCACUGCUUGUUUCUUCUCCAGUUUUUAUCUGUACAGACUCAUCAAACACGUUUUCUGCCCUUCCUAUGUUUUCCCAGAACACUUGAAAGAGAGCAACCCCAAAGCCUCGGUGAAGGGAGUGGGGAUGAGGCCAGCAGGACACCAGAGCACCCUGAGGACUCUGCACAAGGAGCCUCCGACUCAGGAGUGGGAGCAGCCUCAGCAAAAGCCUAAAUAUCCUCAGGGAAAACCUAAAUAUCCUCAGGAAAAACCUAAAUAUCCUCAGGAAAAGCCUAAAUAUCCUCCUCAUUCUUCCUUUGAGAAGAAGAAGCAAAUGGACUUUUGGGUUUAUCUCAUUGCUGAAUUCUCCAGCAGAAAAAAACCCACAGACAAACACGUGACCACAGACUUCUGACAGAAUAAUUUCAUUUUUUUAAGUACAAGAAACUUGGCUCAAAAUGAGGAAUUAAAUGAUCCACAACUUUUUCCACUGUUGGUUGUGGCUCCCUGAGGAGCUGUAGCAACUCUGGCACUGAUUAUGACAUUAAAAAGCGAAUGUCAUAUUUAUAUAUAACACUAAUUACUUUGACAAAUUAUUUAUUGCAAAAACGAAUCAAAAUGUUUAUAAAAUAAAAUAGUAUUUUCUAAGGAAAGACCUGAACUGGUUUA